UUGUCCUAAAAGUGAUGGAUUAUGUGUAAAUCAUUUCUUCAACUAUCUGUAUCUAAAAUAUGAACUCCGUCAGACAGGCUGAAACACUGCCAGCCUUUAACACAAAAUCUGUUUUUGCUGUGCUGAAGUACACAGCCAAAGCAGUAAAAACAGAAAAGAAAAAAGAGGUAGUCCAUGGAAGAACAAUUCUUUUUAAAGAUUCCUGCAGCAGGUUCAGAUCCCUGACCGUUCUUCCUUUCUAUCUCUUUCUCUUUUGUCCUCAAUGUUUGUUUGAGUUGGCAAUUUUUUUUAAAUGUGAAUGCUUCACUGGAAGACCACAUGGCCUGACCAUGCUGACCAUGAAUUACAUACAGUGAUUAUAUAUCUUUCCAAGUCCUUUCAACCUCAUUUCAUCCAAGAUAAAGAGAACAUGAGAAAGAGAAGUGAGACAAAGAGGAGAGAAAGUGGUCAGACACCCCUUUAGAAGGAAUUGAAUGAGUAAUAGGUAGGGUCAUUGUUCUCUAGCAGAAGAGCUUAAUUCACUGGAAUGGAAUUCUGUGGGCAUUGAUGUCAUCUACAUGCUGUUUUAAUGGAGUUUCUAUUCUGAAAAAAUACAACUGAUAGAAAAAUGUACAAAUAUAUAAACCACCUUCGCUAGCCAAUUACUUGAGAAAUACUGUGGUAAUGUCAUUGUUCUACCUUUGCAAAAAAGAAACACUCAAAGUAGUAGCAUUACACAGACUUCUGAAUAGGGGUUAUGCGCAAUGUACUUCCGCAUUCUGCGAAACAGGUCUUAUCAUCACAUCCGGUUCAGGUCGGCUGUACCGCGCUGAACCUUAACUGGCUACAUUGGAUAUGGCGCUGUUUAACUCUAGAUGCCUUCAGGAAUUACCCCUAAUGAGCAUAACUGAUGUCCAUCGCAUAUGACAUCUUAAACUCCUGCCACCACAAUGGACAAGGGGUUUAAGUUAUACGCCUCCUCAUACAUAUUUGACUAUGAAGGUUUGUAUCUGCUAGCGAUAGCUCAUGUUGGCAUUCCCGAAACGGAAUAAUGCAGUAUGUCACUAUGGUAGCUAAGUUGUCGCUUUAUUUUUCACCAGUAUCAAACAAAGACAGACUGACUGGCGCCGUCAGCAUCAGGGCAGCUUGCCACAGAUCUAUGAGGAAAAACGAGAAGCCACACAGCCCGAGAGUAACGUGUGUUCUGUUCGGGUUCUCAAUCUGUUCCAGUUCAGGGACAAUAUUUAUCAAGCCUCUCAGGGUAGGAGUAAGUAAGAGUGGACUAAUCAGUGAUCAUGACCGGGUCCCCUUGACUGUCUAAUCACCAUGGACAGACUUGCAGGAGCUGCUUUAGUCUGAGAUGCUUGAUAGUGCUUCGGGAUUCGGACCCUGUCAUCCUCACAUCAAAUCAGUGCUCAUGUGUAGCUGGCACUGCAAUGUGUAACCACACAGUAGCUUUGCUGUUUCAAACUGCACAUUAUUCAGAGUUGAAUGUGCAGGUUGUGCCACCUGUCCACAGCGGAGUACACUCUACAAGGGCUUGGUUGGGGACUCACUAGACAUCUCUUUGCUACUGAUUGGAGACAUGUACAAAGACUUCAGCAUUAGAGAGAAACCUCUAGCAGCAACUAUGGGCAUCAGUGACAAGAAGACCCUUGUUGAGACAGCUUUUGGCUUAGCACAAAGGGGGAGUGUGCUCUCAUACCAGAAGCCUGUAUUGCCCACAAAGUCAGUCAAGAUGCACCAGGACCCUCCACCUUACCCACCGCUGCCUAUUGGGGAGUACAGGCUUGCCCCGACAGACUGUGUGCAUGUGUGCACUGAGGAGGAGCACUUCCACCUUAAAAGCUUGAAUGUCACACUGGACAUGGCCUAUAAGAUUGAGGCAGCGACAAGAGAGCAGGCAGCAGACCAGGAGUGGCAUCAGUUCCGCAGGCCUAGGAUCACCUCCUCACGUUUUAGAGAGGUGUGUUUUGCGAGGGGAGUGAGUUCUGCAGAGUCUCUUGCAGAAAGAAUCAUCAAAGGAACAAGGCAGAUGGCAGAAAUGAGAAGAGGUGCAGACAUGGAGUUUGAGGUGGCAAGGGAGUACUGCCGGAUGAAAAAUGUCAACUACACACCCUGUGGCCUCGUCAUCCACCCAGAUGCCCCUUGGCUUGGUGCCUCGCCAGAUGGCUUGAUUUUUGAUCCAUUUGCACAGCCACCGUUUGGACUGGUUGAGAUAAAGUGCCCUAAUGUGAAGAACUAUGUGGACUGUAAAUACCUUCAAAUGCAGGAUGGCACUUUGGCUCUCCGUGAAAGCCACUCUUACUACUGGCAGGUGCAGGGUCAACUGUUGAUCACUGGCCUGCAAUGGUGUGACUUUGUGAUUUGUGCUCAGGAAGACAUGCUGGUGCAGCGUAUCUAGGUUGACCCGGAGGUAAAAGCAGUCAUCAGAGCGAGGGUGGACCAGUUUUACUUUAAAGUGUACAUGCAGAAGUACUAUUUUAAAUGCUUUGGGUCUUCAUAACAUACAGGGUGGCCAUACAGAACUACACAUUAGCCACAGCAUAUGCCUCACAAGUAUUUAAAGUAAUUACACCACACACAGGUGCCAUUUACUCAAUGUUGUCUAUUACUUGAGAGUAAAAUAUGGUUCUGAUUUUUCAAGAAGGUGACUUUUUUCACUGUUCACGUUUGUCAUUCACAUCUAGGAAUGAGACCAUAGCCUUUUUCGAGGGGCUCUUACAGGCAAUUUCAAUGUUUCAUGCAUCACUGUUGGAAGGAUGUUCUUUUGGUCAGCCCAACUCUUUAUCGCCAAAGAAGCAAUAUUUGCAUCAAAAAGUUACACCAUAAUUGUUAUAUAAAUAGGUGCUGUGUAUUUUGCAAUAAACACAGAGAGAGGAAAAAAAGAUUUUUUUCAGAUUUAUUUGUAAGUGACAAAAAUAAUUAAAUCAUUCCAUAUACAA